CCCCAAAACCCGACGAGCCGGACAACUGCUGCAUGAGCGGGUGUGUCAACUGCGUGUGGGACCGGUACCGUGACGAGAUGGAAGAAUGGGCGCUCGCCAACGCCGAGGCACAGAGCAGAUUAGCUGCGGGAAGCUCUAGCGAGGAGGGCGCAUCGGCAGCUGUGGCCUCGGAGCGAGAGGGGGCGAAUGUCGGCGUGCGGCCAUCGCUUGCAGAAACAACAGCAGGGCAUACGGUGGUCAGCAUGGACGAUGACGGCGGCGGAUCGGAGACGAACUGGGAUGUGGGCGCAAAGGCUCCAGUGGGUCCUGGCAGGAUUGCCAAGGACUUCUGGAACGAUGAUUUAUAUAAAAAUGUUCCAGUUGGUAUUAGGGAAUUUAUGAAGCAGGAGAAGAAGUUGAAGGAGAAACAUUUGCGGGAGGGCACCACUGGAGGCUAGUAUCUUUAAUGACCAUCCGCCUCUCUGGGGCUUACUUUCUGCUGC